AUGAGAGUUGACUCACCCUAUAAAUCGCACGUUAGCGUUGAUGGCCCCGACUCUGGAAAGAUUAAGCUUGGUAAUCUUAAGGGAAACGAAAACUCAUGUCUUUUGAAAGGACAAGUUGAUACGCAUAAGAGUAUAGGCAGAGGAGUUAGAACUAGGAGCAUGGUCAGCGAUACCGACAUGAUUGUCGACAAUCUCAAUGUCCCUCCAGUUCCAGUGUGCUUGGGAUGUCCAAAACCUGACCUUAUAAGCAAGAUGAAACCAAUGACUGCAACUGAGAAAGAAACAGCUGAACAUACCAAAACAAUUUGCCAAGAGAUAUUUCAAGCGAAGUGGGGAAAUCACCCUGAGAGUUUCAGAUGGGAGGACUUGGAUUAUGAACUACAAAUAAAUGUAAAAGAAGCCAAAUUUCUUAGAAACAACUGGAAAGAAUUCGUGCUGGAAAAUGACUUGAAAGUUGGAGACAUCGGUGUCUUUGAACUUAUCAAGGAAAAUGAAAAUUUGUUGGAAGUUACCAUUCUUUCUGUUGACGAAAACGGAAACGAAGAGGAUGAUGAUUUGUUUCUCAACCUUUUUACCGGUGUGUCAGUGAGUACGAAAAGUACAGAGAAAUCAAAUUCGCCAUGUCCUUUGCCUCGGAAGAAAAUGAGAACUGAUUCACCUAAUCAACCUGGAACGAAAUCGAAGUUAGAGAUUUUAUCUUCUGGUAUCAGCUCCAAUCAUUCGAAGUCAAACAGGAUCAAUCUUGGAAAUCUCAAGGAAGUUGAAAAUGCACCGAGACAACUUGAAGCUGAGAGAAGUGUGAAAAUCGAGGCUUUCAUUUCUUUGCGACAUUUGACAGCCACUGAAAAGGAACACGCUGUUCAGAUAGCCAAUGCUCUCAAAAGUACUGGAAAUCCAGUUUUCAUGGUGUUCAUGCGACCAUCAUUCGUUUGCAACAGAUAUAGAAUGGUCAUACCAUCGGACUUUGCUAGGGAAUUUUUAACAAUGCAUAAGGGUAAUCUGACCUUAUGCAACUCAACUGGGAAAACUUGGACUACGAAGUACUAUAGGAAUUCAGGAAAUAAAACACAAGCAGAACUCUAUAGUGGUUGGAGAGAAUUUGCAGAAGAUAAUCAUCUUGAUAUUGGUGACAUAUGUGUUUUUGAGCUAAUUAAGCACCCUGAAAUGUUGAUGAAAAUGAUCAUCUAUGCAAGCAAGUCCUGCAGACAAUGGACUCAUGGGAGUACAGCCAAUCGAGUUAAAACUAGGCGCAUGGUCAGUGAUACUAAACCUACUUGUCAACAAAGUCCAUGUCCCUCCAGCUCCAGAAAAUUCAAAGAUCCAACAGACGCCUACAUUGAAAUCUUGGAUGACUCUCCACUAAACCAGAAAACAAAGAAGAAACUGAAAUCCCCAUUGACUCCAACUGAGAAACAAAGAGCAUGUAUGGGUGCUAGUAAUUUCAGAACUUCAAAUCCCUCUUUCAGUGUUGUGAUGCACACAGCAUAUGUUAAUUCUUGUACUCAUCUGAUCAUACCGGACGAAUUUGCCGAUAGAUAUUUAAAGAACAGUGGAGAAAUCAUCCUUCCAGAUGGUAGGACUUGGACAGUUGAGUACGGAAGAAUAACAACCGAUGAACGUAGAAAAGCCGUGUUUGGCCGUAGUAGCUGGGAAGCAUUUGUGAUGGCCAAUGAAUUGAAGGAGGGAGAUGUGUGUAUCUUUCAACAUAUCAAGGACAACGACAACUUGUUGGAAGUCGUCAUUCUGCGCGAGUUGGAAAUUACUUACUAUAAUAGGAACUUUGUAUUUUGA